AUGCUCCAAAAAAUGGCUUCAAAAUCCAUUCUUCUUCUUGGCAUUUUUCUUGUGGUGGCCACUAAGGUUUAUUCUUAUGAGGAAGAUCUCAAAAUAGUGGUGAACUAUGCAAACCCUUCAGCUCCUUCUGUUCUAGCUCCACCAGUAAAACCAUCACCAACACCUGUAGUGACGGCUCCAACACCUCCUUCUCCGGUGAAGACACCGCCAACAACUCCACCAUCACCUCCUUCUCCUCCAUUGGCAAAAACACCACCUUAUCAAUCACCACCUAUUGUGAAACCACCUUCACCACCACCGGUCACAACACCAACUCCGCCACCAACUUCUCAGCCACCUAUUGCUAAAACUCCACUUGCACCACCUACUCCAGUCGUCAAGUCAUUGAAGGAUUGUGUUCCACUAUGUGGUUAUAGGUGCCAAUUACAUUCAAGGAAGAACUUAUGCUUGAGAGCAUGUGUAACAUGUUGUAACCGUUGCAAAUGUGUCCCUCCAGGAACUUAUGGCAACAGAGAAAAAUGUGGCAAAUGCUACACUGAUAUGUUGACUCGUGGCAACAGAUAUAAGUGUCCAUAG